UCUCCAUCAGCCAGGAAGGACGUGUUGAGGUGAGCAUACUCAUCAAGGACAGUAACUACCAUGGCUUCCAGCACUUUGGCGAAACCUCAGAUGCGUGGCCUCCUGACCAGGCGUCUGCGGAUUCAUAUUGUUGGAGCAUUCUUCAUAUCCCUGGGAGUUGCAGCUUUGUAUAAGUUUGCUGUGGCUGAACCAAGAAAGAAGGCAUAUGCAGAUUUCUACAGAAAUUAUGAUUUUAUGAAAGAUUUUGAGGAGAUGAGGAAGGCUGGUAUCUUUCAGAAUGCAAAGUGA